AUUCGGACACCGAUCUACCGAGAAGCAUUAAUACAAAUGCGAGAUCUAUCCCAGGUGUGUGAAGUCGAGAACCGGGUCUACGGUACACCAUUUAUUUUCUGUUCGGGAUCGUCGCAACCAUGUUUAUACGCCGUGCGCUUCACCUUGCCAUCUCGAUUGGCGUCUGCCUUAAUCUGUCUCUAGCCAACCCGGUUGACCUUAACGAGCUGGGCCUCCGAGCUGAGCGCCGGGCAGACGCUGGACUGGUCGGCUACCUCGGCGCAAUAUUUCUUGGGGCAGAUCCUUAUGUAUAUUAUUACCUGAGCAACGGCAAUGACCCGCUCUCCUUUAAGGCGAUGAAUGGCGGCCAACCUAUUCUACGUCCAACGAAGGGCACUGGUGGUGUGAGAGAUCCCUAUCUUGUACAAGGCGGCGGUGCCGAAGCAGGCAAAAAAUGGUACAUUGUUGGCACCGAUCUCGAUAUUGGUAAAACGACAUGGGACGCAUCCCAGAGGACCGGCUCUAGGGGUAUACUCGUCUGGGACAGCACCGAUCUCAUUAAUUGGACCGGCGAGCGUCUCGUGGUUGUGGAAGACGAGACCGCCGGCAUGGUAUGGGCGCCAGAAGCAAUUUGGGACGCGUCGAAAAAUCAGUACCUAGUUCACUGGGCUUCGAAGUUUUACUCGUCAUCUGACACUCAGCAUACCGGUUCGGCGUCGAAUAUUCAGAUUAGGUACGCUUAUACAAGCGACUUUAAAACGUUUAGUGCACCUCAGACAUACAUCAACUACUCACCUACGAACAUCAUCGACCUCGAUAUCCUCCCGCUUGACACCGAGGGGAAGAGCUAUCUGCGAUUCAUGAAGGACGAGACGGCUAAGACGGUAUUCGUUGAGUAUUCGACGACCGGACUUUUCGGGACUUGGACUCGCGCUGGAGGAAGUACAGGCAUCAUUACAUCUGGCGUAGAAGGCCCUGCCGCGUACCGCGAUAAUGAGGACGAUGCCAAGAUUCAUGUACUCUUGGACUUUUACGGCGGCGAUGGGUACAGGCCGUACGAGAGCGUAGACCCAGACGGCAAUAAAUGGACAGCGAGUAGUCGAUCAGCAUUUCCGACUAACCUACGGCACGGAAGCAUUCUACCCAUCAACCAGACAUUAUACGACGCCGUAUCUCAAAAAUGGGGUUCCUGAUAUAUUCGAACUCGGCUGAGGCGAUCAUUGAGCUCGGGGCUUGGAAAAUCAUAGACAAGCUGACGAAUGUAGUACUGUAACUUGUA